AUGCUUUGGACUCUCCUCCCUGUCCUGCUGCCUGGUGCAGUCUGGGCCGUGCAAGCUGCAACUGAUGAUCCCGCUGCGCGGGCAUCUGCUGCGUUUAAGGAGGGCCGGUAUCGUGACGCGUCUGACCUGUAUACAAAUCUUAUUGACGCGGCACAACGCCCACCUGCCGCGUAUUAUUUUCUUCGUGCCGCAUCUUAUGAGGCCCAGCGCGAGAUAGCUAGGGCAGUUGACGACUAUCACAAGGUACUCGUGUUGUCGCAAAAACAGGAUGUCAAGGCUUAUGCUGAGAAGGCCAAGCUUAAAAUGGGACGUCUCUGCUUAACAGGGUGCAGUCUCCAGUGCUCAAAGAAGUACUCCCUGGCCCUGCUGGAUUCAGCUACGCGCACAGCUAUAGCCAAAACGGAUGAACAGUAUCGGCGGGCACCGAGCAUGACACUCGCAAAGCUGUCUGAGUUGGCAGAGACAUGCUCAGCAGAUCCUGAGCUAAGUAAGAUCAUAUUAGUUUCUCAGUUUCGCGCCGGAGCAGACAUCAGUGACAUAAAGAAGACCAUAGAGCGCCUGGUUAAAACGACAACAGCUGCCCCAUUCACCCUGCGCUCUGUGCUUGAGAUCUAUGAGAUAGUCUAUUUGCUUCAGGAGGGCAACUUCUCCAGUGUGACAAAACGCGCCAAAGCAGCGUUACAGAUGGAUCCUGAUGAUCAGUUUCUGGGGUCAGCCUACAAGAUUGCCAGAGCCCUUUCAGAGGGUGUUGCUAGCUUUAGCAACGCAACCCCGCUGUCUCACAAGCCCAAUCGGACCGUCAUUGCGAAGAUCUUUGGGGAUGUUGACAAGGCAGUCGGUCAGAUAGAUAAGUUCUUUGCCAAGGCAGAAAGCAGUGCGGCCUUCCUUCUAAAAGAUGCCUUCAAGACAAGUUUCAGACCAACCUUAUCAGGUGCAAAGACCCAGCUUAUGGGUGCGCUGAACAACUUCCGCUGUAUAUCUGAUCUAUACUUCCAGAAGUAUACAGAGGAGUAUUGCAGCUUUAGUGAUGCCAUGCUCGUCGACACUAGCAAAGAUCUGCGAAUUUCGUCUUUUAACAAGCACCUCUUAGCGCUCAUAUACGCUCUCCGCUCGAACAUCCUGUUGGUAUCUAUAAAUAACAAAUAUAGUAGGGGCCAGGACAUAGAAGACGAUGUGAAUCUGGCCGAGAAAAUUAUUAACUAUGCACACACUCUGGCCAUCGAGGCCAAUAGCCCCACUCAAGGCGACAUUGAGACAAUCAGCGACCAAGUCUUUACAUAUGUGCGCAAGGUCAUUGUUCCUGACUUUUAUAAGGUCCUGGGAGUGUCCCGCUCAACUCCGAUAGCAGAGAUCAAAAGGAAAUAUUAUCGCCUUGCAAAGGAAUAUCAUCCCGACUACACUCCAGCUGAUGCGACAGAGGAGGAGAAGGCUGUACGGCAGCGAAAGUUCCAACGAAUUGCAGAAGCUUGGUCUGUUCUUAGCGACGAGACUAAGCGGAAGGAGUAUGAUUCUGGCCAAUAUCGCCGUGAGGAGUUGGAGAGCCGCGAACAGGCGCACCAGAGACGCAAGAUGGGCAAAGCAAACCAGGGCCAGCAGCAGGAAACCUUCCACUUCCACACCGGAGGUGACGGGAACCAACACUUUUUCCGGUUCAAUGGCGAUGAUCAUCAGUUUUUCCGGUUCAUGAAUGGACAACAAUUCUUCCGCAUGUGA